AUGGACAAACCAGGAGGGGAAAGAACAGAGGUGCCUCCACCUCCGCCACCUGUGAUUCCACCGAAUGUGAUACCCAUUAUUGCAGACCCUGAACUCAGAAAAAGUUCAAAACACAAAAGGAUACCCAUGAAUAGACCAGGAACGGGAACGAAUGGCAAGGCCAUACCAUUGGUCACCAAUCAUUUCAGAGUAGAUUUGCGUAACGUUGAUGAUGGAUAUUUCUACCACUAUAGUGUACGCUUCUUUUAUGCUCAUACUCCGAUUUUGUCCUUCAAAAGUACAAUACUCUGUUGUGCGCAAUGUAUCUCCCUCGCACAUGAAUUCCUUUGUUAUGGUGUCUUUGUUGAAAAUAGGUGUUGCUCAAGUAUGAUGAUGAUCGCCCUGUUGAUGGGAGGGGCAUUGGACGAAGGGUAAUCGAUAAGUUGCACGAGAUAUAUGAUGCGGAACUUGGCGGCAAGGAUUUUGCCUAUGAUGGCGAGAAAAACUUGUUUACCAUUGGCUCUCUGCCACAGGUGAACAAUAAUUUUACUGUAGUUCUGGAGGAUUUAUCAUCAAAUAGGUAGUUCCUGGCAUUCUAUGUGUCUUGUAAUUUCUCUCUGUUCGAUGUGAAUUUUAUUUUUCACUUUGAUCCUGGAAUUCCUGCAUUAAACUCAGAACUGGGGAAGUUUCGAACGGUAGCCCAGGUGGAAAUGACGGCCUCGGGGAUAGUGACCGAAAGAGGAGGCGACGGCCGUAUCAACUGAAGACUUUUAAAGUUGAGCUAAGCUUCUCGGCAAAGGUUCCGAUGCGGUCCAUUGCAAAUGCUCUCCGAGGACACGAAAAUGAGAAUUCUCAGGAAGCACUCAGGGUUCUUGACAUCAUACUGCGGCAACAUGCUGCAAAGCAGUAAGCUGCCAUGAGUUUUGUAAUUUUUUUCCUAUGGCUUUGGAUUUUGUCCUUAUUUUACUGUCAAUGCUCCUAUUUGUAGGGGGUGCCUGCUUGUUCGACAGUCAUUUUUUCAUAAUGAUCCUACGAAUUAUACUGAUUUGGGAGGAGGAGUUUUAGGUUGCAGGGGUUUUCAUUCGAGCUUUCGGACAACCCAGGGUGGUUUGUCCCUGAACAUGGGUACGCUUGUAGGAACUUCCUAAAUUCCGGCCACCAGGGUGGUUUGUCUCUGUUCCGUGUACACUCCUCUCUUAUGUGCCCUGGAUGUCUAAAAUGUUGCUCGUUUAUCGCAAUUUCAUUUCAAGAUAUAUGUUCUUGUUCUGUUCUACAGAUGUAUCAACCACAAUGAUUGUGAAGCCAGGUUCUGUGAUAGAUUUUCUGAUAGCGAACCAAAAGGCUCGUAACUGUUGGGAUAUUGACUGGGUGAAGGUGAUUCUGGAAUCUCCCUAAGUUUCCUUUGGGCGUCAUUAUUAACUUUUUAAUGAGUUUUUUUGACCGAUUUUUUUGUUUGAAUAGGCUAAACGCACCCUUAAAAAUCUCAGGGUAAAGAUUACAUCAACAAACAUGGAGUUUAAAAUUGUAGGAUUGAGCGAUCAGCCAUGUAACCAACUCAUGUAAGUUACAGUUCUAUGACAUAUAUACGGAUUAUUUAUCUUCUUCUAACUGAUCGCAGCAAUUUUCUAUUUUUUUUGAGAUAUAUAGGUUUUCACUGAAACAGAAAAAUCGUGAUGUUGACACCAUUGAUAUAACGGUGUAUGACUAUUUUACCAACCACCGUCACAUAAAGUUGAAAGAUUCUGCUGAUUUGCCCUGUCUGAAUGUUGGGAAACCAAAGCGUCCGACAUAUUAUCCAUUGGAGGUGUGGAUAUGCCCUUGCAAUUUAAACAUCAUGAACGAUUUUUUUUUAUCCCCCUUAUGGAUAAAAUUUAUCCUACUUGUCCAGCUAUGUUCUCUUGUGCCAUUGCAACGGUACACAAAGGCACUGUCAACAUUCCAAAGAUCCUCACUUGUUGAAAAAUCUCGACAAAAACCCCAAGAAAAGAUGAGAGUUUUAAAGGAUGUAGGUUUAUGCUGCUCCUCAGUGACAUGCACGUGAUAGGAUAGAGAAGCUUUUAACAUUCAUUUGAUCCGUUGUGGCAGUCAUUGAAGAACAGCCACUAUGACGCUGACAGGAUGCUAAAGGCAUGCGGUGUUUGUAUUGGUACAGACUUUAUGCAGGUUGAGGGUCGGGUGUUGCAAGCACCGAAGGUUUUCCUAAUAAACUACUCUUUUUUUUAUGUCACAGGGUCUUGCUGUUAACAAUACUGAAAACGCAUAACUCAAUUUUUCUGUUUUUACUGUAGCUUAGAGUAGGCAAUGGUCAAGACUUAAUGCCAUACAAUGGACGGUGGAAUUUCAACAACAGGGUAUCUAUCUAAACUCUUGAUUAUUCUUGGAAUUUUUAUCUGAUGGCAACUUCUCUUUCAGAGAUUCGUAGAACCCGCAACCAUCGAUCAAUGGGCUGUUGUCAAUUUUUCAGCUCGCUGUGAUAUAGGCCAUCUUAUUCGUGAAAUGAAAAAAUGUGGGCGGAUGAAAGGAAUUGUAUGUUUCUUUUCCGCAAUCGUAGCUCAGCUUAACUUUAUUAAUGGCUGCUACAAUCUAUGUCAUUGAAGGGCUGGGAAUGUUUGUAAUUUUUUUUGCAGAAUAUUGAGGAACCAUCUGAUGUGUUUGAGGAGGAUGCUCCAUUGAUGCGAGCCCCUCCAAAUGUUAGGGUGGAUAAAAUGUUUGAUAAAAUGAUGAAGAAUCUUCCUGCGAGUCCGCUCUUUCUUCUCUGUAUUCUUCCGGAGAGGAAGAACUCUGACAUUUAUGGUGUUUAGGAGCGACUUUCCAAAAAAAAUUCCCUUUUUUUUAGUUCAUCUUGUGCAUGUGUCCUCACCUUUUUAUUGUCUGUCAGGUCCAUGGAAGCGUAGGAACCUUACCGAAUUUGGUAUUGUCACCCAGUGUAUCGCCCCCCCUCCUAGAAUCAGUGAUCAGUAUAUUACAAAUGUUCUUCUGAAGAUCAACAGCAAAGUGAGCCGAGAGACUAUCAUUAACUUGUUUUUAACGUCCCUCAGAAGACGGAAACUCUUUAUUAUCUAUCCUAUCAUUGAUGGCCUUUUUUUCCUCGUAGUUGGGGGGCAUUAAUUCUCUGUUACAUGUGGAGAUUCCGCGUUCAAGUGAUCUUGUUUCUGGUAUUUCCACGAUCAUCCUUGGGAUGGAUGUUUCACAUGGUCCACCAGGCCAAUCUGAUAUCCCAUCAGUUGCAGCGGUAAGAUAUCAGAUUUUCUCUUCUAAAUUUUAGCAAUUAUGAGGAUGCUAGAUAACUUAAAUGCCAAAAAAAUGUGACUAACAUGGUACAUGAUCAAUUAAAACCACUAUUCUUCUUGAAAUUGACAUUUCAGAAUAAAUUGUCUCUAUUCUGAACUAACUCAUUGGUUUUGCCUGUGUAUACGGAGCCCAGAAUGUUUUCUAGCGACUCUCUCUCUGUGUCUUUUGUAUUAUCGCAUCUGUUAAAAGUAUGCAUGGUAGCAAUAUACCACAAUCAAGUUCCUGAGUGCAUACUCUUUUUCUUUCUGCGAGUUCCAUUACUACUUCUGUGCAGCUGAAUUUGUUAGUAAUUUUCUGUCAUUCCUGCGCUCUACUUCUCUAUCCGCCUUAGGUUGUCGGUUCACGGCAGUGGCCUUCAAUAUCUCGUUACAGAGCAGCAGUGCGCACUCAGUCCCCCAAGCUUGAAAUGAUAGAUUCUUUAUUUAAGCCUGUAUCUGAUAAAGAUGAUUCCGGCAUAAUUCGGUAUGCUGUUCCUUAUUUUUUCCAUUUUUUUUACCAUUGCUCUAUAUUUGUCCUGCUCUCUGCUUUUAUGUAUUUUUUCAAUUCUUCAGGCAUUAAUUAUCCGGAUAAUUCUUACAUAGUCUUUUCAAAUUUCAGGGAACUUUUGGUGGACUUUUAUCUCAGUUCUCAGAGCAGGAAACCUGCUCAUGUGAUAAUUUUUCGGUAUACUUUUGUCUCUUGUCAUUCGUAUCGUAUUUGUUCGCUUCUGUUUUUUUUUCAUGAGAUAUUUUCUACAUUUCUGGAGUUAUUUUUGGUUUAUAUGCACACACCGUCUCUUCCGCCGAAAUUAAUUCGAUUAUUGAGGUUUGAGUUAUUGGAAGAAACAAAUGGUUGUAGGAAGAACUCUCGGUCAAACUACAUCAUGUUAAACUCUGUUUGACCUAACUUUAUAUGCUGCUUAUUCCCGAGUAUCAGCCAUGUUAAACUUCUUCUGAUCGAUAUUUGCCCUAUUUUUAUGCUGCCCGUAUGCCUGAUGCAGUCGUAUCUCCGGACAUGAUUAAUGUGUCGCUUCAGAUCUAAUGCCAUUAUAAUGGAGAAUUUUACAUUAUCAUCUUGACAUCGCAAUCCAUAUCUUUAGGGCAUUUCUUAAAAUAUUUGCCAAAUUUAGGAAAAAUGUUGAAUGAACGCGCAUCUCCACAAUCCGUGCAUCACAUGUUCGAGGAAAACAAGAAGCCUGCCCUUUUACUAUUUAUAGCCUAUUUCUUACGCUCAUUUAUGCCAUCUUAUUAUUCAUAGGGAUGGCGUGAGUGAAUCGCAGUUCAACCAGGUGCUGAACAUCGAGCUGGAUCAAAUCAUCGAGGUGCUCUUUCUCCACCCUUCCACUCUCUCGAUCAUAUUGAUAUGAAGCAAGUAAUUGUGUCCUUUUGAGACUUCCACUGAUUUUGGUCAUCUCCCUUAAAUUCUCUCAGGCUUGCAAGUUCCUCGACGACACAUGGCAUCCGAAGUUCACUGUGAUUGUAGCCCAGAAGAACCAUCACACGAAGUUCUUUCAGCCUGAUUCGAAGGAUAAUGUUCCCCCCGGUUGCCCCCCCCCUCCCUCAACCAGACCGACGUCCAUUGACUUUCUUUUUAAAAGGAAAACUCUUCGUUAUUUUCUGACGGUGCUCUUCCCUGACAAACAGGUACGGUGGUCGACACCAAAGUGUGCCAUCCACGAAACUUUGACUUUUACAUGUGCUCACACGCCGGGAUGAUCGUAAGUUUGACCAUCAGAUAAUCACUUCCCCCCCCCAACCGCCACCACCGCCAAUGCUCUAAUAUAAUAGUCUUAUCCCUGGACUCUGAAACAGGGUACGACCCGCCCGACUCACUAUCAUGUGCUGUACGAUGAGAUUGGCUUCUCGGCGGAUAAACUCCAGGAACUCGUUCAUUCUCUGUCCUAUGUGUAAGAAACCGAUCCCACGCCUGUCCUCGCUCGUUCUUCCACGCGGCCAUGAACGAACUCAACAGACUUUCUCUUUCAGGUACCAGCGGAGUACGACCGCGGUCUCCUUAGGUAGCCCCCCCUCUGUUCGCCCACAAUGCGCUCUCUAUUUAUAUUCCUAGGAUAUCAAUUUUGCUCUCAUAACAUUUUUAUACCAUACUUUAUUCAUCUGAACUUAUUGAAGCUCUUCAUGCAUGGUAUUUAUCCAAUGAUUAUCUGAAAAUUGUGUGAUCCGUUCUAGAAUAUUCUUAAUGGGUCGCUCUCGGAAAACUGUUUCAUGUCCCUUUUUCCAGUGGCUCCUAUAUGCUAUGCGCACUUGGCGGCCGCCCAGGUGGGGCAGUUCAUCAGAUUCGAAGAGUCGUCGGAGACCUCCGGCCGCGGCGACGUGACCUCCGCCGGCAGCGUACCCGUGGUGGCGCUCCCGAGGCUUCACAGCCGGGUCUGCGAGUCUAUGUUCUUCUGCUGA